GCAUAUAUAUAUUGUGACUUUCUUCUGUGUGUAACUUUUCUUAUUUAUUUCAGAAAUGAGGGUUCAUUAACAUCAACUUUAAGAACACUUCUAUUCUUCACAGCUCUAAUGAUCACAUUACCUGUUGGGCUAUAUUUUUCAUCAAAGGCUUAUAUAUUUGAAGGUACCUUAGGAAUGUCCGACAGAGACAGCUAUUUUUAUGCUGCCAUAGUUGCUGUAGUUACUGUUCAUGUGGUGCUUGCUCUCUUUGUAUAUGUAGCAUGGAAUGAAGGUUCUCGACAGUGGCGGGAAGGCAAACAGGACUAGAAUGAAGAUCAUCAUCAUCCGAUGUCUACAGACUGUAAAUCAAAUUUUUGUGAGCUGAAGGAAAAGCAUUCUUCAAAAUGUAUAAUACACAUGUACAAAAAUGAGGCUAAUGCCUCAACUCUGGUUAGAAUAAGACUUGUGUUUGUCUUGAAUGUGUACCAGUGUUUUCUCUGAUGCUGAUGGAGGUUGUUCUUUAGCCAGCCCCUGCUAGGUCAACCUGAGAAGGUCUUCACCUGGAAUUAGAAUGAAAUAUAAUUAUGUAUUUUUGAAAAAGUCCUGUAGCUAUUUUCGCCAUUCCUAGUAUUUUCCUAGCUUGCUCUGAAAACAAUAUUGGCACGAAGCAAGCAUUACAUUUUCGAGGAAUUAAAUUGCUAGUUAAAAAAGCUGCAUUACUCACUACCCAACUACGGUGGAAAACAUGGGAUUUCACUUUGCUGUGGGUGGUUUCCCGAUUUGUGGGUGUCGUGGUUUAACCACAG